CACCAAGAACAAUGGCGUCCGUAAAAGUGGUGUGCUUUAUCGCUUUGUUUGGGUGUGCCUUAGCGCAGCCUAAACAAGGAUUCUGGAAGGGCACUCCCAUGGAUGGGAUGGUUGAAGAAAUGAGAUCCGGAUGUGCGGAAGGAUCUGAUCCCACAGCUUGUAUCAAGUACAAGGUCAUGUCGCUAUUAGACAGCAUCUUCAAGAAGGAGUCCUUCCAGAUCUCUGAUGCCGUUGAAGUGACAAAGAAUGGCAACGAAGCAACGGGCAGAUCUAACGGUGACUUCCUUGACAGCAUUGAGAACUACAUCCAGUCCCAUGACGUCACUUUCAAGAUGCCCAUCGCCGAUACUAAGAUCACUGUCAGCCCCAGGAACUUGGAGAACGAUGAGCUCAGCCUCAACAUCAAGUUUAACAAGGAGGGCGCCAGAGCAGUGGGUGAAGCACGUAAAGCCAAGCUCAAGAAGAUCAUCGUCCCUAUCCUUGUCUUCGUGCUCCUCAAGGCUAUGACCCUCAUCCCUCUCGCUAUCGGAGUCCUCGGUUUGAAGGCCUGGAAUGCCCUGCAGCUGUCCUUCUUCUCCUUCGUUGUAUCCGUCGCUCUCGCCAUCUUCCAACUUUGCAAGAAGUUUACCCAGAUCGCAGCGGACAACACUCACCCUCAAAUAGCCGCCCACGGACCAUGGGAUGCAGCAUACGCCGCCACUCGCCGCCGGAGGGACGCAGAGCCACAGGAGAUGGCCCAGGAACUGGCUUACAACGCCUACCAAUAAUUCAAAAUACCUCCUAGUUCCCAACGCUACCGAUGACCGAUGAAAUGGAACCAAACCAAAAAGGUUUUUCGAAACCACGAGUGUAAAUAAAGUGUGUAAUUUAUUUAUUUGUGUGUGUGAAUGUGUGUGUUAU